AUGCUCAGAGAUACCGUAUUCAUCAAAGAAGUGGCAGCCACAGCCAUCACUGGAAAGGAUGCCUGGAAUAGACCAACACCCCAACCCAUCCAGGUGUCGGUGGAAUUGAACACAGACUUCCACCAGGCAUCUGUGUCAGACAACUUAAAAUACUCGCUCAACUACGCAGUGAUCUCAAGAAACAUCUUGGAGUUCAUGAAGAACAACGAACACAAGAACUUCAAGUCCUUGGCCAACAUCGGCGAAUCCAUCAGCGAGGUUGUGCUUGACGAGAAGAAAGGAGGUGGCCACACAGCCUCGAUUACCAUCAAAAGCACCAAGUCUGAGAUCAGAGCCGAUUCCAUUGAAUACUCCAUCCAAAGAUCCAAGUUGGACGUGGUCACCGACAACGACAGAGUCAAAGUGCUGGGCCUCAAGUUGUUGACUAUUAUUGGUGUGUUCACGUUCGAAAGACUUCAGCGUCAAAUCGUGGAUAUCGAUUUGGUCUUGACUGUGGCCAAAAACUCCGACAUCACAAUCCAUAAAAUCAUCAACGACGUGGUACAAUACGUCGAAGGAAGUAAUUUCAAGACAGUUGAGGCCUUGGUGAUGAAAAUAGGUCAAUUGAUCUUUCAGAACCACCCUAAAGGAAUCGAAUCAGUCAAUGCGAAGGUCACCAAACCUAAUGCUAUUAGUUUCACUGUUGGUGUGGGUGUGAGCUCCGACAUGACCUCAAAUUCCUUCAAAGACGUUGAACCAAUUGUCAUCGAUGCCGGCGAGAAGUUCAGCAGUAACUCAUUCAAUCUUCCUUCUCAAGCCGAAGAAUCUUUAAACAACAUCUCACAACACACCGCGUACAUUGCGUUUGGAUGCAAUGAAGGCGACCCCAUGGAAAACAUCAACAAGGCGUUGGCAUUGUUGGCUAGCUACAAUAUCGAUUUAAUUUCAACCUCGUCAUUGUAUAUUUCAAAGCCAAUGUAUUACAAGGACCAAAAUGAUUUCUACAAUGGUGUCAUCAAAGUUGCAUUUAAGGACAAAUCCCCUCAUGACUUAUUGAAGGCAUUGAAAGAGAUCGAGUAUAGUCAUAUUAGCAGAGUCAAGGAGUUUGAAAAUGGACCAAGGUCCAUUGAUCUCGACAUUAUCUUAUAUGACGAUCGGAUUGUCAAUUCACCAGAUUUGAAUAUUCCUCAUAUCUCGAUGUUGGAAAGAACAUUUGUUCUUCAACCAUUAUGUGAGUUGAUUCCACCGGAUUUUAUCCAUCCAGUAAGUGCAGAGCCAAUUCAUAACCAUUUGAAGCAAAUAUUGAUGAGUAAGCCAGACGAGUCGCUUCAAGAAUCUCAUCAUUUACAUCAAAUCAUUCCAAUUCCUAGAUUAAAGCAUAACCCAUUGACUUUUGACCAAUUGAAUUACAGACAUUCAACAUUGAUUAUGGGUAUUUUGAACAUCACCCCAGAUUCUUUCAGUGAUGGGGGCAACAGCAAUGCUUCCAUUGAAUCUGUUUUAGUGAAAGCAAAAGAGUUGAUUGAGCAAGGUUCAACAAUUUUAGAUAUUGGUGGUGUUUCCACUAGGCCUGGUGCUGAAGAGCCAUCUUUGGAGGAAGAACUCAGAAGAAUAAUCCCCGUUGUUAAGGCCAUUAGAAGUCAUCCUGAUCCACUGUUAGCCAACUGUAUCAUUUCUAUUGAUACCUAUAGAGCAGAUGUUGCUGAACAAUGUUUGAUAAAUGGCGCAGACAUCAUUAACGAUAUUUCUAUGGGUUUGUACGAUGAAAGAAUAUUCGAAGUUGUUGCCAAGUAUGGGUGUCCAUACAUCAUGAAUCAUACUAGAGGUAACGCACAGACCAUGAGCAAAUUAACCACAUAUGAGUCAAAUACCAAUGAUGAUAUCAUUGAGUAUAUUGUUGGCCAGAACUCUGAGCACCAAGAAUUGAAGUUCAAGCCCGAAGUGAAUAAUUUAAUUAACGGCAUUUCUAGAGAGUUGAGUCUUCAAAUGUUGAAGGCUUUCAAAGCAGGAGUCAAAAAAUGGCAAAUUAUUGCUGACCCAGGUAUCGGGUUUGCCAAGAACCUACCACAGAAUCUUUCUAUCAUAAGACAUGCGUCGACUUUCAAGAAGUAUUCAGUGUUAGUGAACGAGACUGACCCGACUGACAAUUCAGUUACCCACUCCUACUUAAGUUUCAAUGGAUUGACAACCUUGUUGGGACCAUCAAGAAAGAAGUUUUUGGGUACUCUCACAGAUCAACCGGUUGCCGCUAAUCGUGUUAUUAGUACAGCUUCAGCAAUCAUUGCUUGUAUUGAGCAAAAUACUGACAUAGUCAGGGUUCACGAUGUGAAGGAAGCCAAGGAGGCAAUCAAAAUCGGCGAUGCAAUUUAUAGAGAACUUUUCUAA